GGACCGCACUGAGGAGCGGGAAGAGAACUGGGAUUGUUAUGGGUGACUGAGCCCUGCCCUGGAAUGAUGCCGAGGGUGAGCCGUGGGAACUCAUGGCGGCUCAGCCACUUCUGUCCAAAGGCUGUGAGGGAGCAGUAUGGACUUUCUGUAAAUGUCAGCUUCACAAGCUCUGCCAUGGAGGGGAUUUGCCCUCUCUCAGAGGUGCCCAGGUGGGAGUAGCCCCCAGGUAUGCCCAGCCCCCUGGCUAGAUCUCCUCCCAGGCUGCCAGCCCUCUGCUCCCAUCCAUGACUCAGUGCUCGGGUCUGGCUGAGUACAUCUUGGCUGGUUACUCCCUCUGUGGGUAAAGCUGAGGCUCUGGAAAGGCUGGGUGAUUUCUGCAGCCCUCUGGGUGUGCUGGGCUGCAGGGAGGGGCUGCUGGUGAGGACAUGGCCCUGCCAGGGAGCACCCGCCCGUGGCCACACUCAGCAGGGGUCUGUGCAUGCAGCCUGGCCAGCUCAGAGCUCUUAGGCCCUGUCCCUGUCCAUCCCUGUCCAGACCUGGCAGUAGAGUUCGGAAGGCCAGAGGCUGCCUUCCUCUGAGACACUCUUAGGCUGGGCUGUCAUGUGGUGGGUGGCACCCUCCGAGGACCUCCCCAGGCCCAGUGGCUCCUGGCUGCAGCCACAUCUCUGCUGGUUCUGUUCCUGGCGUGCGGCUGCCUGGGCCCUCUUCAGCAUCUGUGUUUGCACCUAGCUUUGUCAGCCCCAGACUGGACAUGAAUACGAGGCUCCAGACUCACUGCCUCGUCCCUAGCAGACAGCUGCGCCCGGGCAAAGUGGGGCUCUGGGGGGCAGGGUUUGUGGUGCGUAAAAAAUAUGCCCGCAAAGCCAACCGCAGAGGCGUGUCUGCCCUCCUGGCUUCUGGCCCUGACUGGGUAAGGAGCUCUGUCGGCCAGAGGGUGGGUGAGACUGUGCCAGCCCCCCACUGUGAGCAGGCACCCUCAGAACCUCACCACAGCACCCCAUCUUGCAUUUCUGGCUUCGGAGCGCGGUGUCUGGUGGCUUGGCCUGGGGUCCCCAGGAGGCCCUGGGUCUUGCCCCUGCAGACACUGGGACUUGCAGAGGCCUUUGUGGGGGAGGGAGUGUCUCCUCAGGCUCUGGAAUUUCCCCUGGGCCCUGUCCUCCAGAGCACUGGGCCAGCGCGGAAGGUCUGGAACCGAUUGCGGCAGCCCCUCCCCUCGGCCAGCCGCCACACAACGUGUUCACAAGCCGCUCCCUCAGACCCCGCACGAGGGAAUCUGAUCCGUCUGUCUGCCGCUCCCUCUGGAGGAGCCGCACAUCAAAGCCGGGCCGGCGUUUGAUGUCACGCUGCUGUGCUCUGUCCCUGUUUGUGAUUUGAGGUCCCCAAGCUGGCGGUCCGGGCAGGGAAGACUGCGAGUAGGGAUUCUGGCCACUGCGUAGCCCAGGGCUCCCCAGCCAUUGCUCAGCGGUUUCAUGACCAUCUGUGGGGCCCUGGCCGUCCGUGUUGUGUUGGGGAGUUGGGUCCCUGCACUCUUCCCCGUCCCCAUCCCUGGCCCUGGGGUCUGUGCUUCCUUGAGGCCUCUCGCAGUCUCUGCCCGGGUUCUUCUCUGGCUCAUUUUGGGGUCUUGCGUUUUCCUGAGUCCUGGAUCUCGGGCCGAGUCUCCAGCCAUUUGUAGGGAGGGCAAAUCCAAGGCCCUCUGUUGGCUGCUCCGUGGGAUGGGAGCUCAGCGCUGUGUCCCAGCCUGUGUGCAGAGGACACCUGCCGUGUGCAUGGUGCGCAUGCGCUCCACAGGCCGGAGGCCGUUGGGAUUGGGGCUUCAUUGUAGACAGCGGGCCCCCUGAGUCCCAUGGCGCUGCUGGGCCUCUGCAGCCAGAGGAGGAUUGGGGCCUGCAUGGGGAAGGGAGCCCCCACCCGGAGUGAGGAAUGCAUGGACAUGAAAAAUACAGGCCAGGAAACAAAAGAAAAUACGUCAAACCCACGCACAUGGCGAGAGUCCCCCGGCGGCCGUCUGGGCCUGUUCUGGGUGUGGCACCUCCUGCUUUUCUGCUUGGUCCUUUCUCGUUUCACGAAGGCGAGUCCUGCUUCUUCAAGCGGGUCCGCAGAUCCCAGUGUUGGGAGCCCUGGUGAGUGCACGGCCGGCCCCUGCGGCUUGGACACCCACAGGGACUGCCUGCAGCAGCCUGGUGGGGCGACCCCAGUGUGCGUGUACACAAGGGAUGAGGUGAUGGGUGAAGCUGCCCUGAGGGACACCACACUGCAGUCGCUGGGCCUCACGGGGGGCAGUGCCUCCAUCAGGUUUGUCAUGAAGCGCUGUGACCCUGUGGGCAAGACCCCAGCAAGCCUGGGCUCAUCAGCGUCGGCUGGCCAGGCAGCUGCCAGCCCUCCACUCCCCUUGGAAUCUGGGGAGCUCUGCCGUGGUGACCUGAGCCGUCAGGAGGACGUGGACACCAUGGGGUCCAGCUGCGAGGAUUUGCAGAAGAAGCAGAGCAUGAGGGCGCCCAUGCCUGCCCCCUUCGUUCCUUUCUCAGGCGGGGGACAGCGACUGGGGGGCCCCUCUGGGCCCAUGAGGCCUCUGAUUUCAUCAUCAGCCAAGUUGCCAACAUCCCUCUCCAGCCCCGGAGGCCCCUCCAAGCCAAAGAAGUCCAAGCCUGGCCAGGAUCCCCAGCAGGAGCCAGAGCCAGAGCCGCCUGUGGACCGGGAGCCGGUGGUGUGCCACCCCGACCUGGAGGAGCGGCUGCAGGCCUGGUCGGCAGAGCUGCCUGACGAGUUCUUCGAGCUGACGGUGGACGAUCUGAGAAGACGCUUGGCCCAGCUCAAGAGUGAGCGGAAGCGCCUGGAAGAAGCACCCUUGAUGACUAAGGCCUUCAGGGAGGCGCAGAUGAAGGAGAAGCUGGAGCGCUACCCAAAGGUGGCUCUGAGGGUCCUGUUCCCUGACCGCUACAUCCUGCAGGGCUUCUUUCGCCCCAGCGAGACAGUAGGGGACUUGCGAGACUUCGUGAGGAGCCACUUGGGGCACCCUGAGCUGCCAUUUUACCUGUGCACCUUCUGUCCUCAGUCAUCACCCCUCCAAAAACAGUCCUGGACAACUACUCGUGCACCCUCUUUCAGCCCCACCCCAGACUGUGGCCCCGAGCAGCCUGGAGCCGGGAGGGGGAUGCCUUCAGCCUGGCAGCUGCAGCGCUCCACAGUGGUCCCGAGGCAUCCGUCAGGCCCUGCCCCACCCCGCCUUCCUGAGGCGAACCUCUUCCCGGCUGCUCUGGUGCACUUUGGAGCCAAGGAACCAGCAGGUGUCUACCUGGAGCCUGGCCUGCUGGAGCGCACCAUCUCCCCAUCCGCGGCCGACGUGCUGGUGGCCAGGUACAUGUCCAGAGCCACCAGGUCCCCUUCCCCAUUGCCAGCCCCUAACCCUGCACCUGAGUCUGAGCCACCUGCUGAGGAGGGGGCGCUGGGCCCCACUGAGCCCAUCUCAGAGAUGGUUCCGCCUGUGAAGAGGAGCCUGCGCAAGGUGCCCAAGUGGCUGAAGCUGCCAGCCAACAAGAGGUGAGCUGCCAGCCUGAGGUGCCCACCAGCCACAGGACCACCUCCCCUGCCAGCAGGAAUAAAGACUGUGCGUCCUUCA